AUGACGCUGGGAGUCCAAAAGACCAUCCAGAAGACCAGCGCAGGCGACGCGAAGGCCGCGGCCACGCCGGCGUCAGCCCCCAGUGUGCUGCCGGAUGACUUCACAGUGGACAAGGAUGCCCGCUAUACGGGCUCAGUCAUAGACUUCAACAAAUGGAGAGGUUUUGGGCACAUCACCAUGGACGAGAAGGGUGUCGUCCCUGGAGACAAAGUCUUUGUGCACUGGAAAAAUAUCCAGACCGACGACCGAUUUCCCCGCUUACAGCAAGGCCUGCAGGUGGAGUUUGGCCUCAUGAUCACCAACGACUGGAAGGGUUGGAGCAGAGUGAGAUGUUUGAAAGCCAAGACUGUGACUCUUCCAGGAGGAGGCCUGGUGAACAUCCAAGAUGCCAUGGACGCUGAAAGCAUGCAGUUCGUCGGCGCACAGAAUUUUCGCUAUACGGGCACAGUGAAAUUCUUCGACCAGUUCCGCGGCUUCGGAUGGGUCAGUAUAGAUGAUGGCUUUGCCAUGGAAGACCCUGUGCCGAAGGAGAUUAAGGGCUAUGCAGAAUAUGUAGAUCUGGAUCCAGCCCUUCGACCACGCGAGCUGCAUAUUGAAGGCUUCGAUGGCGACAGCUACCGCCUUUCUCGAAAUGGUGCUCGACUUGAGGUGUAUAUCUCCUGCUGGUCGGACAGUCGGCGCCCGCAAUGGUGCUGCAAUUGGCCAGGAACGCCCGUGCCUCCUCGUCGAUGUUGGAUAAUUGCAGACAUGGCAGCACACUGCUGCAAGGCUGGCGUCUCAGCUGACAGGGAGAUUUUGUACAACGCGUACACGCGCAACACACCUUUGCUGUCUCCCGCGGAGCUAUCAAUUUUUGAGCAGCUUUUGCCAGAAGAGAAAGUUAAUGAGGCGAACUUCAAUGCCAGCAGAAGCCGUUGGGCUUUAGGUUGGCAUCCUCCCGACGUUUUGUGCCCUUCCGACUCCAUCGAAAUGAACGGCGAAAGGGCUAUGCUGGAUGGGUCAGCCGUCUUGUGGCCGUUGGCGGUCAUCCUGAGAGGCAAUAUGCAGAUCACGAGGACCUUUGUCAACAUUGGAGCUGGCACCUGCUUACCUCCAGAUCCUUUAUAUCAACUUUUGGCGUCUUCUGAAGGGCAUGGCUUCCUGGGGCUCGCUGUGGAAGGGGAUGCCACUAGGCUGAAGAGCUGUGAGCUCGAGAUGGCCAGUACUUCUGCCACUGUUGUGCCUGUGCACCUGUCUUUGAACCCAGUUAAUGCAGUUCAUCGACUGCUCCCUUUCCUGGGUCCAAUGUUUCCAGAGGCGCUGCCACCGUGGCCCCUGGACUUUUUGGUGGUGGACAUUGAUGGUGUGGAUUGCCUGGUGGCCGAGGAGCUGAUGCAGCUGGUGCGACCCAAGGUGAUGCAGCUGGAGAUCGCCUUCCAUGUCCCACCUCCAUUUCGAUAUUCAAUGCAUUGGGAUUCCGAGAAGUCACCUCACUGGAACGAUGACUAUGACAUUGACAGAUUGAACCCUGCAGCUGGCUGCUCCUUGAGCUAUGCACUACAUAAGUUCAAGCCUUUUGGCUAUCAUUUGUUACGCUUGACGCCGCUUGAUGCGAUCUUUGUCCACGAGUCUGUCGCGCCAAUUAUGGAAUCAGGCUUGGGGAUAAAGCUGCCACAGGACGAGUUCUUAUGUUACCGGAGUAGCACCUUGUGGGUGCAGUUGCCAGGGAAAUAUGUCCGCGAGUGGUUCUAUGCUCCGCACCCAGCAGUUGCCUUUAGCCAAAUAUGGUCCAAUAUCUCCUUAGUGAACCAGGAGAUGGGCCGAGAUGAUGUGGACCUGGUUGAAUUGAACACUGGCGGAAAGUCCUUGAGGAUGAGAAUUGAUAAGCUGGCAAUCGAGUUCGGCAUCAUCAAGGGCAAGAAUGGCGAGUUCAUGGCCUACAACGUCACAUUGCCAGGAGGAACUCCGAUCACACAGGAGGCCAUUGAGCACCGGCAGGAGGAAGGUGCCGGCCAGAGGUACUCUGGGGUCAUCCAGUGGUGGCACAGGUGGCAAGGAUGGGGUCACAUCCUUCCGGAUCCAGGCUGCACCUUCCCCGCUGCAGUGCAGCAGAAGUUAGACGAGACCGCGUCCCAGGCCGCGGCGAAGGCGAAGUCCGAAGAGAAGGGUAAGGAGAAGCUCCUGUACUUCCGCAAGGACGAUUGUGAGUGGAACCUCCGAACGGAGAUCGGGAAGAAGGUGACCUUUGCAGUAUAUUUGGAUGACAAGGGGGCCGGCGCUAAGGAUGUGGCCCCUGUCGAGGGGCAGGAGUGA